ACAAGAUUGAAGAUUAAUAAAUUUCAAAUAUUUUCAUUCAUAGAAUUUAGUAUUUACUAAAUACUUAGCUACUUUAAUUAUAGUUUUAAAGUUAUAACUUAUUGUAAAUUAUUAAUAAUAAGCGUACUUAUAGAAUUAUAGAUUAUUGUUAAUAACUACUGUGCCUAUAUGAAAUUAAAAAAAUAGUUCCGAUUCUAGAGCUGUAUUGUUGUAAUUUUGGUUCACUGUUCAAACUGAUUAAUCAUCAUUGAAAACUUAGUUUUUAUUCCAUAUUUGUUGUUUUGGUUGACAGUGUUUUCCAAUUUUGAUCACUUGAGUAAAGAUAUUGCUCUUGUAUCUGAAAGUAAUAUGUCAGUGAAAAUAAUUGAUGGCAGUGUAUUAGAAGGUGGUGGCCAAAUUCUACGAUUAUCUGUAGCAUUUUCAUGUCUUUUGGAGCAACCUAUAUUAAUUAAUAAAAUAAGAGCAGGUCGAUCUAAUCCUGGUUUGAAACCUCAACAUUUAGCUGGAAUCCAAUUAGUUAAACAAAUGUGCAAUGCAACUACAAAUGGUGACCGGCAGAACUCUUGUGAAUUAACAUUCCAACCAAAAACUCUAAAAAUGGGAAAUUUCAAUUUAAACGUCAAUUCUCAAACUGCUGCGAGUAUUCCUUUGAUGAUACAGUCGGCUUUACCUGUAGCAAUAUUUAGCAAUCAUAAUUCCAGUAUAACUAUGAAAGGAGGAACUGAUGUUAGUUUUUCUCCUUCGAUGGAUUAUGUUAAAAAUGUUUUAUUUCCUAUUUACAAGCUAUUUGGUGUUCAUUGUGAAGCAUUUAUAACUAAACGAGGAUUUUAUCCCAAGGGUCGUGGAGAAGUAAUAUUGACAGUAAAUCCUGUUAAUGAAUAUUUAAAGCCUGUUGAAAUUAACAAUUUUGGGGGUCAUCCGUCUAUUAAAGGAUUUGUAUUUAUAGCUGGACCAAAACAUCAAAGUAAUAAAAAUAACCAAAUAGUUCAAGAUAUAGCAACAGCUGUCAAAAAUAAAUUAAACCUAUCUGGUUAUCAUAAAAUUACAAUUGAAACGGAGGUUGGAGAUUCAGAUGGCUCUGGUGGAAGUUUAGUGUUGGUUGCCGACUCUGGAACCUGUUUGAUUGGUUCAUCUGCUCUAUAUGAUAUGAGAAAAUCAACUGUAAAUAGUAUCACUGAUGAAGCUUGUGACAAACUUUUAUUAGAUUUGGAAGUCAAAUCAUGUGUUGACCCAAAUGCAUUGGAUAAUCUCAUUAUUUUUAUGGCACUCGCAAAUGGGAAAUCAAGAGUAAAAUGCCGAGAAAUCACCCUGCACUCUAAAACUGCUAUUUAUAUUGCUGAGCAAUUUACUGAUGCUAAAUUUAGUAUCAACAAAUUGGAUGAUGGUUUAAAUGAAAUCAUUUGUGAAGGUAUUGGAUUGAAAACUUUCUAAUUCUUAAUUUCAUAAUAAAAUAAUGUAAUUAAUUAAUAAUUUACAAAAUAUUCUAUAAUACUUUUAUAAUUCAAUGCUAAAUUUUAAUUAUUCAUAAACUCUACAGACUAUGUUAAAGUUUUUGUUGUACAUAAAAUAAGUACUUUUGUAUUUUAUUAUUAAAAAAAUAUAUAAUAUAAUAGAACUUGAAACAAAUUUGCUUAAAAAUAAAUUUAUUAUUUAACAUAA